CACACCCAGACAGAGCCAUGUCUGACAUCCUCGCUCCCUGAAAGAAGAAAUCACAGAUACAAAGGCGGUGCGGCCGAGCAGAAGAGGAGGAGGAGGGGGCAGAGAGGCAAAACAUAUGGCAGAGAGAAAAAAAGAGGGGUGAAAGAGAUGCACAAGGGCUGCAUCAGUUCUUGUCCGCAUGAAACAAAAAUCAUUGUGUUUUGUGAAUGGGAGCUGGUGAGCUCAACCACCGGGCUGGUGCAAUGAGAAACCAGGCAGACUUCAGUCGCUGGCGUAGCUGAACACCAAUCCUCUCUCCCUGCGUCCCUCCCCAUCACCCCUACAUCUGCCAGCCUGGACUCAGCCUCGUGAGCGACGUGGAGACUCCAGCAGCCAGGGCUGCUCCCCUCCCCGCCGCCUCUGGCUGCGUCUGGCGAUGGUCCUGACGGAGAAGCAGGGGAUCACCCAGAUGCAGGGCUCGGAGCGGAUGGGAGGUUAAGCCUGUAAACACCAGCAUGGGGGCAAAACAGAUGAAAUGUCUCAGCUCAGCCAGCCCUGCUCACUCCCCCAAAGAGGAAUACGUUAUUACCAAGUCCAUUGAAAACCCUGUAGAAGAACCAGUCCACGAUGAGUCUGAGAACCAGGAGGAAUUUUGGGAAGAGAAAUGUGAGCUGACAGAGAAGAAAUCUGCCCCAGAGGAGGUAGCUCUCUGUGGCUUGUGUCCAUCCCUGGGGCACGAUGGGCAGGAGGAGGAAAAGCCCUGGGAGGAGCAGCUGGAUGCUCACCAGGAGCAGCUGGAGAAGGAGAUGCAGGAUGCCAGGAGGAUGGUGUUCCGCCUACAGGCUCUGCUGCUGCACGGUUCCCUCCCUGAGGAAGACCAGGAUGGAUCCAUGAGCCUCGGAGAUAACCGGGCCAACACUGACCAGCAGCUGGUUCUAAUCCGCAGUCGUCUUGACCAAAGCAUGGAGGAAGCCCUUGAUCUGAAGCGGGAACUCCUGAGGCACAAACAGGAGACACGGCACAUUCAGGCUAUCAAGGAUGCUCUGCAGCAGCGCUUAGCAGUGCAGGAGGAUGCCGUUCUGCAGCUAAAGCAGGAGCUACUGAGAUGCAGCAUGGCCAAAGAUCAGCUGGAAGGAGAAAAUGAGGAGUUCAAACGCAAGCUGAGUGAAAGGAACCAAUUAAUCAGUGACUAUGAGCAGCAGCUUGGGAGGAAGGACCGAAUACUGCAGCAACAGCACCAGAAGCUGGAUGAAGCUCAACAUAAAGCACAUGAACUCAGCCAUGGAAGGUCAAUCAGGAGUGAAAGUGGCAGUUACAGUAACUCUGUGGCAUCAAUAUCUCCUCCAGCCUACCAACACAUCGCUCCAGGUGAGGAGCUGCAGCUGGUCAGGGAAGCUCUCCGCAGUCUGAGAGACGGCUUCUCGGGUCAUGACCCUCAACAUCACACCCUGGACACCCUGGAGCAGGGCGUGGCCAGUCUCAUGGACCGACUGCACUCCUUGGACACCCAGCGCAGACUGGAGAGAGUGGAGGAAUUUAAAUCACCGGGACGCAGAGCCAACUCAACAGACCGUGACUCAUGGCCACCGAGCUCCAAAAUGGCACACUCACACAGCAGCCCAGGAUUGGACGCCACCGUCUCCACUAAAGUGCUCUACUUCACAGACCGCUCGCUCACUCCAUUUCUGAUAAACAUCCCAAAAAGGCUGGGUGAAGUCACUCUGCGAGACUUCAAGGCUGCUGUGGACAGACAAGGCAAUUUCAGAUACCACUUCAAGGCCCUUGACCCAGAGUUUGGCACAGUGAAAGAAGAGGUGUUUCAGGAUGGAGCAGUUGUGCCCGGCUGGGAGGGAAAGAUUGUGGCGUGGGUGGAGGAGGACCACGGAGAGCGGAGGUAGACCCCCAAAAACCAGAGAUCACCACUACAAACCUCUGCAUAUAUCACUGGACCAGAAAUCAACGAAAAUACACGUGAUGCCACAAAAAAACAACAACAAAAAAAACUAGUCUGUUAUUAACGGGGACCAAUGAAGAAAAUGCUUUUCAAUACGCAGCUGUGUUUUAAAAAAUGAAUGUUUCAAACCAAGAAAUUUAACAUUUGAAAAAUGCUUUGUUUAAUGGGAAUCAUAUUAACUUGUAUUUGUAGCUUAUUGAUAUGUUGAACUUCAAUUUAAUGGUCAGUAAUGUGAUAUUUGAAGCUACAAAUGAUAAUGAAUUGUUAGUUUUUACAUAAAAAGCUAUAAACUGCAUAGUGAUCAAACCUCAAGAAAGUGUUUACUGACAAUUUUCACGUGCCAUAUUGCCAAACAGUAAUGUUGAUGUUCUGCAUCACUUUUGAUGUUUUAAUAAACAUAAAUUAUUGCAUGGA